UGUUAGUAGAAGUACCAUUUUUGGGAAGCGGGGGGAGUGAUGGAGGAUGUAGGAACAACCUGCUGAUACAGUAUAAAGCGUUGGUUUGAUCCGGGGUGAGUCUAAACGAGUUGUUCUUCCUUAGCUGAUUGGCCGUAAAGUAGCGCCUCUGUAAUUUAGUACCAAGCAAAAUAAACAAGCAGAAAGGAGAAGAAGAAAAUUGCCUCAGUCUUGAGGAGAUAAAUAUUUUGGAUAGUGAACGUCAGACUCUGCAGACAGUCAUGACGCAGGGGAAGGUCUUUGUGGCAGACAAGACACUCAGUGGCCCCCAAGGAGAUGGGACACUGCCAGUUUGCCCACCCAGCUAUGAAGAGGCAACUGCAGGUUGUCAUGCUCCAGCCCGAGUCACAGCUACGGUUACCAGGGCAACGGAGAGAUGCUCACAGAGUUCACCUGGCAGGACAAAAACAUUCGACGGAUCUUCAUUCGUAAGGUUUAUUCCAUCUUGAUGAUCCAGCUCUGUGUCGCUGUGGCUGUCGUUGCACUUUUCAGCUACUGCGAGCCAGUGAAGACGUACAUCCAGGCGAACCCAGGCUGGCACUGGGCUUCCUACGUGGUGUUCUGUGUCACCUUCAUCUCGCUCUCCUGCUGUGCCACCUUAAGGAGGCGCUUUCCGUGGAACCUGAUUCUGCUGGCCAUCUUUACUCUGUCCCUCGCCUAUAUGACGGCGAUGAUGUCCAGUUAUUACAACACCAGAUCUGUUAUGGUCACCCUGGGAAUCACAGCUCUGGUCUGUCUCUCUGUCACCGUUUUCAGCUUCCAGACCAAGAUUGACUUCACCUCCUGCCAGGGAGUGCUGCUCAUUCUGUCUAUGGCUGUGUGCUACUGUGGCAUUUUCCUGGCCUGCGUCGUCCCGUUUGGAUAUGUUCCUUGGUUACAUGCCAUCUACGCUGUUCUGGGAGCGAUCGUGUUUACUAUGUUCCUGGUAUUUGACACCCAGAUUCUUCUGGGAAACAAGCGUUCCACCAUUAGUCCUGAAGACUACAUUUUUGCCACACUCAGCCUAUACCUGGACAUCAUCUACAUAUUCUCUUUCUUCCUCCAGCUCUUUGGGAUGGAUCGGAAUUGAUCCCCUCGGAUCCCUCUACACACCUUAGAUACAUUAAGGUUUCCUUUUACAUUUCUACUCAUCUGUUACCCACCUGUGACCCCUCAAUCUUCAUAUCGUAUUGGUGAUGCACCAACUGACUGUUCAGUGUUUAGUAAUGAAUCUCUUGUGGUACUGAAAGAUGGCAAGUUAUAAAAAAGCAGUACUUACAAUGGAAAGGGGGCAAUUUGUUUUUCUUACACUUCUAUUAUUUUUUGGUGUUUAGUUACAUCAUAACAUACAAAGAUCUUUUUUCAGGUCACUCUUCAUGCAAGUUCAACUUACAAAGAUGGAAAAAUCAAAAUGUGUAAUUUAACAGGUGAGGAAAGCUGUCAUGUGUAACGAAUAGCCUAAAAUUGUACGAUAAUUCUUCUGUGUGCUUUUUGUGAAAAUCUCUCCGAACAUACAUUAUGCAUUGUGUGCUUCAGUGAUUUUUUUAAGUAGAAAAUUAUUUGGGGGAAAGGGAAGUCUUUUGUGAAAAAAUGAACAUCCAAAAAAUGUCCAGUUUCUUAAUGUUACAAAAGUCAGUUAAAAAGUUACAUAAAUAAUUCCAUUAGGAUGUGAACAGAGCUGUAUGGAAAGUAAAUAAGUAUGUUUAAUUUGAAUGUGAACAAAGCUCAGGCUUGCUUCUGAGUUGUGAAUGGAUUUUUUAAAAAACAAAUCUAUUGUUGUUUUAUUUGUUAAGAGGAAUUCAGACAAUAUGACUUUAUGAAUUAUGGCUGUGGAGGUCCAGAUUAUUUUGAGAGUAUUUGUUUUAGCAAGGGGGUUAUUUUUUAUUGCCAUAGCUUUUGUAAAGAAAAAGGAUCGAUUUUGAUAGUGGCAUCAGCAGGUGAAGGACUUGUUUACGUUGCGGUGGCCAUUAAUGCAUCCAUGCCCGCUUAGUCCCUGUGCUUCGCUUCUGUUCCCUGCUUACCCUUUUGCCUUUGUGUGCUAUUGAUGUAGCCUUGACCAUUCGGUGUAUCAGGCAUGAAAUGUAUGCAUGGUUGCUAAGGCCACUCGUUGUGACUCCCCUGCUACGUCAGAUGCACUUUGCAGACCUCGCUGUUCUAAGUGUUGAUCGCAAGCCCUCCGUGAAUUGUGGUGAACGUGGAAAGUGGACAAGCAUUCUCUGGCCUCUUAUUGCCUGUUGUACUGCAAUUUUGGCUCACAGCUAAUACUGUGGACACGUUUAGACAUUUCACCAAUGGGUUGCAGGUUCAAAUUCCUGGCAAGGCAGCUGUAACACAGGAAUGCCUAGCCACAUCUUUGCGCACACAGUCCAAGUGUAAGCACCUUGGAAACUUUGCUCUAACCACGGGUGUUUGUUAUGUAAAUUAUAAAACAAUAAAAUGACUAACAGUAUUUGUUAGAAGUGUUGUUCUGCUGUGGGUUUAGGAGAAAAAAGAGCCACACAUCCUUGUGCUUUGUCGGCUGAAUGUGUAGGUAAUGUAUUUGCACACUGCAGGGGCGGAAUGUGGCUCUGCAGGUUACAACUCAGAGGUUGCUGGUUCAAAUCCCAUGGUCGGCAGAGUGAUGUCACCACUGGCCCCUGAGCGUGGCCCUUGACCCUGAUUGCUCCAGGGACUGUCUGACCCUGUUUUCUCAAUUGAAUGUUGCUUUGUAUAAAAACAUCUACUAAAUAAAUAAAUGGAAAUAUUUGUUUU